AUGAAGUACGUUGUUGUUUCUGGUGGUGUCAUUUCAGGUAUCGGUAAAGGUGUUUUAGCAUCCUCUACUGGUAUGUUGUUCAAGACCUUGGGUUACAAAGUCACCUCCAUCAAGAUCGAUCCUUAUAUGAACAUAGAUGCUGGGACGAUGUCUCCAUUGGAGCAUGGUGAAUGUUUUGUUCUAGAUGAUGGUGGUGAAACUGAUUUGGAUUUGGGUAACUAUGAACGUUACUUGAACGUCACUUUGACCAAAGACCAUAACAUUACCACUGGUAAGAUCUACUCUCAUGUCAUCCAAAAGGAAAGAAAAGGUGAUUAUUUAGGUAAGACUGUCCAAAUUGUCCCACAUUUGACUAAUGCUAUUCAAGACUGGAUCGAACGUGUUUCACGUAUUCCUGUCGAUGACACUGGUUUAGAACCAGAUAUUUGUAUUAUUGAAUUAGGUGGUACUGUUGGUGAUAUCGAAAGUGCUCCAUUCGUUGAAGCUUUGAGACAAUUCCAAUUCAAGGUCGGCAGGGAAAACUUUGCUUUGAUCCAUGUCUCUUUGGUUCCUGUCAUUCAUGGUGAGCAAAAAACUAAGCCAACUCAGGCUGCUAUUAAAGAUUUGAGAUCUCUAGGUUUGAUUCCAGACAUGAUUGCUGUCAGAUGUUCAGAAAUAUUAGAUCUUCCAACUAUAGAAAAGAUCGCUAUGUUCUGUCAUGUUGGUUGUGAUCAAGUCGUUAAUGUCCACGAUGUUAAUUCUACUUAUCACGUCCCAUUAUUAUUACUAGAACAAAAAAUGAUGGAUUAUUUAACUAAGAGAUUACAUUUAAACGAAAUAUCUAUCACUGAUGAAGAUAUCCAAAAGGGUAAUCAAUUAUUAAUCAAAUGGAAGUCAAUGACUGGUAACUAUGAUGAAUCUUUACAGACUGUUAAAAUUGCUUUAGUCGGUAAAUAUACACAUUUGAAGGAUUCUUAUUUAUCUGUCAUCAAGGCUUUAGAACAUUCUUCUAUGAAGUGUCGUAAUAAGUUAGAAAUCCAAUGGGUUGAAGCUUCUGAUUUAGAACCGGAAACUCAAGAAACAGAAAAGGAUAAAUUCCAUGCUGCUUGGAAUAAAGUCAGUACUGCUGACGGUAUCUUAGUUCCUGGUGGUUUCGGUUACAGAGGUACUGAAGGUAUGAUUUUAGCUGCCAAAUGGGCUCGUGAGAACAAAGUCCCAUACCUAGGUGUCUGUUUAGGUUUACAAAUUGCUACCAUAGAAUUCAUGCGUAAUGUUAUUGGUAUGAAAGACGGUAAAUCUGCUGAAUUUUUCCCAGAUACCGAUCCAGAAUCUCAUGUUGUUGUUUACAUGCCAGAAAUUGACAAGGAAAACAUGGGUGGUACAAUGAGAUUAGGUCUAAGACCAACAUAUUUCCAAGACAAUACUGAUUGGAGUCAAAUCAAGAAAGUUUAUGGUAACAAAGAUUCUGUCGCUGAAAGACACCGUCACCGUUACGAAAUUAAUCCAAAAUUAAUUACACAAUUAGAAGAAAAUGGUUUGAUGUUUGUUGGUAGAGAUGAAACUGGUGAUCGUUGUGAAAUUUUUGAAUUAAAGAAUCACCCAUACUACGUUGCCACUCAAUAUCAUCCAGAAUAUACAUCAAAGGUCUUAGACCCAUCUAAGCCAUUUUUAGGUUUUGUUGCUGCUUCCGCUGGUGUCAUGCCAAAAUUAUUAGAUGGAUCUCUAGAAUACGAAGGUUCUGCUGAUUUCUAA